AUGCUGAAAAGCCUACCGGUUUGCCGAACGCCAGGAAGUCCACGGAAGGAAAAAAAACAAUGCCUUGGACGCGAAGAGUUAAGCUCUGGCGCAUAUACUGUCGAUGCACUGAUCAAACGCCUGAUCGAGCGGCCCGAUUCCGACGGCGACAUUAAAGAGCCCGACUAUGUAGGCGUAACUCAGCCAUCCUGCAUGAAGAAUGGAGCCAGAUACUGGGACGUUCACUUCGACAAACGAAAAGAAACCGUGACGAUGGUUGCCGAAGCGCUGGAUCCUACAAUUAACUACGCACAGUGUAUGGGCCACCACAUCCUUCUCGCACAGUAG